UACACCUAGCUUCCGUGCAAUACCGAUUGCCGAAAAUAGGCCAAAUCCAAGUUGAUCUACGGAGGGCUUUUAGUCUACCCGUCCGUUUCAGCCUCCUUGCCGACGUCAGCCACCAGCCACCUUCGACCUAUCCUCUGGGCAAUCAACCUGCUCCCCAUGUGAAGAAAUGGUGUUACCUUCCCUCUUCGUCUCUGCGUGCUGAUGCUGUGACUUGUCUCCCUGCCUGGGUAGCAUAGUCACCUGACCCUAUUUUCUUUUUUUAGCUGCCCAAAGUUGCCCUUCGUAAUGAGGAACGGGGCGCCAAUCUGGUUUCGAGGGUUUUGUGUAUUUUUCAGCACCAACGUAUGGGGUCUUGACAAAAGCGGAUCGUCCUGCAUCAAUGUUACGAACAACGCCACCGCCUUGUCCACGACAUGGUCCUGGAAAGCAAAUGACACGCUCGUCCACGCUUACCCUAAUAUCAACUUCAAUCCUAUUCAACAUGAUCCUAUUCUGAUUUCGAACCUGUUCUCGAUCGAUGUCAAGGUAUCUUGGUCGAUGAGACUGAAAUCAAGUUCAAUGCUUUCAGUAUUCGACACAGAUGGCCUGGCUGUCGUCAAUGCGAAGACAAAUGUUGCCUUGGAUAUAUUUUUCGACCCUGAGGUGGAGAAGGCGGUCAACACUACGGCACCUAGGUAUGAAGUGAUGGUGUGGAUAGGGAAGUUUGGUACAAUCUUACCGAUAGGAGCAUCUAGCACUAUAAGGGCGAAUAGAUUGCAUAAACAGAAGAUUGGAAAAGAAAGUUUCACCCUCUACCAAGGCCCCAACGAUAAUGGACAAUACGUGUUCACUUGGGUCGCAGGCUCAAACAAAACAUAUUUCGAGGGUGACGUAUCGCCGCUUGUUCACUACCUCUGGCGCCAUGGCAUGAUUCUUGCCGCGAAUUACAUUGGCGUAAUCCAGUUUGGCACUGAGCAGAAGCAUGCGAUGUCAAACGUAACAUUUUCAGUGGAUAGGUUCGCUUUGGAUGCCACGAGAGGAGUUCCAAAGGAGGCAGCAGGUCUUACUAGGGCAUCUCCCAAGCGGGAAAUAUUGUAUGCGUUAAUUGUUGUAACUUUGUUCAGAUUGAUGUAAUAUACCAAUAAAAUCCCCGGUGGCGAUGGAAGCACUUCAUCUAUGGCAAA